UUUAUACCAAAUGUCUUUUGGCUAUGUUAGUGAUUGGAAUGGCAUAUUGUAGUAAAGGAAGUAUGAAUCAUUUCAAAACCAAUCCAAACUUGGAUCUGUCAAGUUGGGUAAAUAAAACUGAGAGAAAUGUAAAUAUUAUAGAAAAAUAAAAAGAUGAUAAAUGUAUACUCUCGUUAACAAUCGAGAUUCGUCUGGUUUCUUCAUAAAGAUCCUUAGUAAACUUUGUGUUUACAUUGGGUCUAACUGCUCAAAUAGGAAGUCAACUGGUCAAAAUAUGGAAUCUGGUGCUCAGAAUGUGAGGUUUGACUAUUCCAAUUGUGGCUCUAAAUUACACUCAGUGUCUUAAAAAUAGACAUUUUGAAUAUAGAGCACUGCAAAAAUACAACCUGCCGUUUAGUGAACUUUUAGAGUUCUCAAAUGAUUUGGUGUCAGCAAUUUUGGCUUACUUUGAUUGUGACAGUCUGACCUGAUUAACUCCUGCAUACGUAUUGACCAAGUAUUUUAGCGAAUUCAGGUAUUUUUCUAAGAGUUUAAGGACUGAGCUUGAGUAUGGGUAUCAAGAGCUUGUAGGGAAAUAUAUCAAGAAAGAAUUUGGAGUUUUUAACAAGAUCAUUGCUACUGAAGGGAUAAAUAAUUUAAGAAAGAAAUCAGACUGCAUUCGCAUGAGGAUUGGCCAGUAUUUCAUGCCUACAUUUGUUGGCAAUGACACCUCCAAUUGCUCAAAGUAUGAUGAAAUUAUCCACAGUUUCUCUGAUCAGCCUGUAGAUCCAGGCAUCGAUUGGACAUCUCUCUGCGUUAAACUCACCAUCACUCUGGCUCUUGCUUUCUUGAAUUAUCUCUGUUUUAAACUAAUUCUCCAAGAAUGGGAGAAAACCCAAGAACUAUAUCAGUUACAAUUUAACGGAAUACCUCUGUCACAAAUUGAAAAAGGCGCUUUGUCAGAUGAAAACUCUUCAAAUCCGCAUCAACCUCUAGAAGAAAGUAGGGAAAUCACUAAGACACAGUCAAGGGAAGAUAAUGAAGAAUUCAACUUUUAUAUGUAUUUCGCACAGUUCAGACGUGCUACUCCAAAUAAUGCUUGUCUUCCUCCUUCUGAUGGUGCUUCCUAAAAUAAAUUUAGUAAGACUCAAAUUUG